GGAGGCGGAGCCCGGCCGGAGCCGAGCCCCGCGGAGAGGUCGGACGGGCGCGGCGGACGCACUCGGCCCGCGGAGCCCCGCGUGCUGCCCACGGUUCGCCCCUGAGGAGCCUAGAAGGAUUGUGCAAUGAAUGGUGAUACUCGAGCUGCCGUGGUGACCUCACCACCGCCAACCACAGCCCCUCACAAGGAGAGAUACUUUGACAGGGUGGAUGAGAAUAAUCCAGAAUACUUGCGAGAGAGGAACAUGGCCCCAGACCUUCGCCAGGACUUCAAUAUGAUGGAGCAGAAGAAGCGGGUGUCCAUGAUCCUGCAGAGCCCAGCUUUCUGUGAAGAAUUGGAAUCGAUGAUACAGGAGCAAUUUAAGAAGGGGAAGAACCCCACGGGCCUCUUGGCCUUACAGCAGAUUGCGGAUUUUAUGACCACCAAUGUCCCAAACGUCUACCCAGCAGCUCCGCAAGGAGGGAUGGCUGCCUUAAACAUGAGUCUUGGGAUGGUGACUCCUGUGAAUGACCUGAGAGGCUCUGACUCUAUUGCCUAUGACAAAGGGGAGAAGUUACUGCGCUGUAAGCUGGCGGCGUUCUAUAGGUUGGCGGACCUCUUCGGAUGGUCUCAGCUGAUUUACAAUCAUAUCACGACCAGAGUGAGCUCUGAGCAGGAGCACUUCCUCAUUGUACCUUUUGGACUGCUUUACAGCGAAGUGACUGCUUCCAGCUUGGUUAAAAUCAAUCUACAAGGAGAUGUAGUAGAUCGAGGAAGCACUAAUCUGGGAGUCAAUCAAGCUGGCUUCACCUUACAUUCUGCGAUUUAUGCUGCCCGACCGGAUGUGAGAUGCGUGGUCCAUAUUCACACGCCAGCAGGGGCAGCGGUGUCUGCGAUGAAGUGCGGCCUCUUGCCAAUCUCCCCGGAGGCACUGUCCCUUGGAGAAGUGGCUUAUCAUGACUAUCACGGGAUUCUCGUUGAUGAGGAGGAAAAGGUUUUGAUUCAGAAAAAUUUGGGACCUAAGAGUAAGGUCCUCAUUCUCCGAAACCAUGGGCUGGUCUCAGUUGGAGAGACUGUUGAGGAGGCGUUCUACUACAUUCACAACCUUGUGGUGGCCUGUGAGAUCCAGGUUCGUACGCUGGCCAGCGCAGGAGGCCCAGACAACCUAGUCCUGCUGGAUCCCGGGAAGUACAAAGCCAAGUCCCGGUCCCCGGAGUCUCCGGCAGGGGAGGGGAGCACCGGAUUGCCUCCCAGGUGGCAGAUUGGGGAGCAGGAAUUCGAAGCCCUCAUGCGGAUGCUUGAUAACCUGGGUUACAGAACUGGCUACCCUUACCGAUACCCUGCUCUGAGAGAGAAAUCUAAAAAGUACAGCGAUGUGGAGGUUCCUGCCAGUGUCACGGGUUACUCCUUUGCUAGUGACGGUGAUUCGGGCACUGGCUCGCCCCUCAGACACAGUUUUCAGAAGCAGCAGCGAGAGAAGACAAGAUGGCUGAACUCUGGCCGGGGCGAUGAGGCUCCCGAGGAAGGGCAGAAUGGAAGCAGUCCCAAGUCGAAGACUAAGUGGACUAGAGAGGAUGGACAUAAAGUCUCCACCUCUGCCGUCCCUAACCUGUUCGUUCCGUUGAACACUAACCCAAAAGAGGUCCAGGAGAUGAGGAACAAGAUCCGAGAGCAGAACCUGCAGGACAUUAAGACGGCUGGCCCUCAGUCCCAGGUCUUGUCUGGUGUCAUGAUGGACAGGAGUCUCGUCCAGGACGCACCCCUCUCUGACUGUACGGAAACUAUCGAAGGGCUCGAGCUUACAGAGCAGACCUUUAGCCCCGCUAAAUCUCUGUCUUUUAGAAAGGGGGAGCUGGUGACCGCCUCUAAAGCUAUCAUCGAGAAGGAGUACCAGCCCCACGUGAUCGUCAGCACCACAGGCCCCAACCCCUUCAACGCGCUCACAGACCGGGAGCUGGAGGAGUACCGCAGGGAGGUGGAGAGGAAGCACAGGGGCUCAGAAGAGAAUGUGGACGAGACUAGAGAGCAGAAGGAGACGAACCCCCCAGACCCUCCUGCUGCACCCCAGACCCCCCCCAGCACCCCCGUCAAGCUGGAGGAAGACCUGCCACCGGAGCAGACUUUGGGAGAUGACAGGGAAGCUGCCACCUUCAAGCCGACUCUCCCCGACCACUCCCCUGAUGAGCCUUCAGAAGCGCUUGGCUUCCCAGCGUUAGACAAGGAGGAGGACGAGGGUCUUGGGGAAGCCCCUGACCCUCAGAGCCCUACCAAGUCCCCCACGGUAGCCAGCCCCCCUACAGCCCCAGGCCAGGCGGCUGCAGAGGCCCCCUCCCCAGCUGCCGAGGAGGGGGCUGCCGUGGACCCUGGCAGUGAUGGGUCCCCGGGCAAGUCCCCUUCCAAAAAGAAGAAGAAAUUCCGCACCCCCUCCUUCCUGAAGAAGAGCAAGAAGAGGAGCGACUCCUGAAGGCCCACCACACUGUCGUCCCUCAGAAUGCCCCCUUGUGUCCUGUGCUCCGUCUUCUCGUGUAAUGGAAUGCAAGGCCAGUCCCUCCCCUGUAGCUCGAGUUCAGAGUUCACCUCUGACGGCGUGACCAAACCCGAUGCAGACGGUGCUAACCUAGUGUGCGCACAGCAGCCCGCCCAGCCCCGCACGCUGGCCCUCAGCCUCCCGCUUCUCUGCGUCCAUCUCUGCAUCCUUGUUGCUGCUGUGGGGAGUGCUGUCGGCCAGUCUCACAACUGGCUCCCUGAAACACCCUCUUCCCACAGUGGGCCAGAUCGUGGCCCUGGCUGGAAGCUUCUGGAGGCUUCUGCCAGCUCUGGUUACAGCCUUCACCUCCUGAGCCUUGGCCGUCUCCCUUGCUUUUCCUUCUUGUCCUGAGCUAACAUGCAUCUUCUCUGCUAGGCUUCCACGCACCUCAGGCGUCUCAGUGACGGACUCGUGGCUUCCUGCUGGCAUCAUGUGCUCAUGUGACCUGACCUGACUCAUAAACACAGCCCUGGUCCUGUGAAAACACCCAUGUUCUGGCUGGCCAGCCAGGCUGCCGUGAAGUGGGGCUGGGGUGGGCGCUGGGCUAGAAACCCUGAGACAGACAGGGCUGUGCACGUGGCACGGUCCUAUUCAGGGUCUGAUAGAUGACCCUCGUCAGGAAACAGAUUCAGGAACUCAUACUGUCUUACUCACUGGGGUCUCUGGAUUCCUGUCACAGGAGGGGGAAGAGUCCUUUCUAGAAUUUUCUUUUCAGCAGAUUUGCAACUCAGCCUACAUUUCUCACUGUGAACGUGAACGGGCCACUUUCUUCUUUAGUUAUCUCCGUAGAGCCUGCCGCAGACGGCAGCAGAGCACUGUUUAUGCCCUUAUCUGGUGAAGUUUCUGGAACUGAGAAGGCGUCUAUUCUUACCUUAACUCAGCCCGGUUUUGAUCAAAGGCAGAAGUCAGCUCUAAGGGUCCUGUUCUGACGUCAUGCACCUGGGUCACAUGGAGCCUUGGUCGACACCUCUGAGUUUUCAGUUAACUCAGAUCAUUAGAAAAUAGCUUAGAGGGAGCUGGUGAGGGGCCAGAUGGACUCGAUGGGGCAGUCCCUCUCUGGUGCCACCCUGAUGAGGCAUGGGGCAGCCAGACAGGCUCACCACUGGGGAGAGGAGGGACAAGCAAGACAGCCAGGUGGAGGGGGGGUGAUCUGGUCCUGGCAUGGGUGGCCUGAGCCGCCUUGGGACAUGGACAAGACUUGCAGACAGGCCUGGGCUGGUUGCAUGGCACUAACGCUUGGAGCUUCCGUGCUAACCCUGCUAACCCUGUAGGGCCUGCCUGCCUCCUGCGCCAGCUGCUUUCCUUCUGCUGUGCCGCCUGGUCCAGUUCUAUGCCGUCGCUGUGUUCAGUUCACCAGGGACUCUGCAUUUCCCCUCGGCACCCCGUCCGCAGUGACUUACUCUCCACUUUUGUAGCUUAUUUUAAUUCUUUGUAUUACAGUAUGAGAUAGAGUUGCAUAUAUGGACACAGACUUCAAGGUCAGGUCCUGUACUUCCUUUCUUCAUUGUAACGUUGUUCUACUCACAAAUAAAAUUCUCUAAGCCA